AUGGGUAAAGUCAAGGACGUCAAGACCAAGUCCAAGGCCAAGGCCACCGACGCUCUGACUACGGUCAAGAAGGGCGGUGUUACUAAGGCUUCCACCACCUCCAGCGCCAAGUCCAAGCAGCUGGCCAAGGAUGUUGCCAACAAGGCCGUGAACGGCAAGGAGAAGAAGAAGUCCAAGAAGGUCGAGGUCUCCUCUUCCGAGAAUGAGUCUGAGUCUGAGAGCGAGGACUCUGCCUCCCACUCUGAGGACAGCAGUGAGUCUGAGUCUGAGGAGGAGGUCAAGCCCAAGCCCAAGGCCAAGCCUGUUGCGAACGGCAAGAAGGCCCCCGCUGCCGCCAAAUCUGACUCCGAUUCUGAUUCCGACUCUGACUCCUCCGACUCUGACUCUGAGGGCGGCGCCAAGGCCAACGGUGCCAAGGUUGAGGCCGACUCAUCGGACGCUGACAGCGACGAGGACAGUGAGGAUGACAGCGAGGAGGAGAGCGCUGAGGAUGUCAAGACCGAGGCUGCCAAGGCUGUUAAGCCCAAGGUGAACGGCAAGGCUAAGGCUGAGAGCUCUGACUCUGAGGACGAUUCCGAGGCUGACUCUGAGGACGACUCCGACGAUUCUGACGACUCUGAGGAAUCUGAUGAGGAGGAGGAGAAGGAGGAGAAGGCUGCCGCCCCCUCCAAGAAGCGCAAGGCUGAGGAGGAGGAAGAGGAGGAGGAGGCUCCUGCCAAGAAGUCCAAGACCGAGACUGCCGAGGAGGGUGCCACCACUCUCUUCGUCGGCAACCUGAGCUGGAACGUUGACGACAACAUGCUGUUCGAGGAGUUCAAGUUCUGCGGCGAUGUCUCCAGCGCCCGUGUCAUCACCGACCGCAACACCGGCCGAUCCCGCGGCUUCGGUUACGUCGACUUUGCCAACGCUGCCGCUGCCGAGAAGGCCUUCAACGAGAAGCAGGGUGCCUUCAUCGACGGACGUGACAUGAAGCUCGACUUCUCCACCCAGCGACAGCAGACUGAUGCCUCCCCUGCCGCUCGUGCCAAGAAGUACGGUGACGUCGUUAGCCCUGAGAGUGACACCCUCUUCAUCGGCAACAUCCCCUUUGAGACUGAGGAGGAGACCGUUUCCGCCUUCUUCAGCGAGGUCGCCAACGUCAAGAGCAUUCGCCUGCCUACUGAUCAGGAGAGUGGUCGCCGCAAGGGCUUCGGUUAUGUGACCUUCUACUCUGUCGAUGAUGCCAAGAUGGCUUUCGAGCAGCUCAACGGACAGCCUGUGGAUGGUCGCAAUGUCCGCCUGGACUACUCUACCCCCAAGCCCCAGCGUGACUUCGGUGACAACCAGGGUGGCCGCGGUGGCUUUGGCGGCCGUGGCGGAGGCCGUGGUGGAGGCCGUGGCGGUUUCGGCGGCCGUGGUGGUCGUGGCGGCCCGCGCGGUGGUGGCGGUGGUCGUGGUGGUUUCGGUGGCCGUGGCGGUGGCUUCCAGGGCAAGAAGAUCACUUUCUAA